AUGGUGUUGGCACCCGUGUAUGACCAUGGAUCGUUACACAUGCCGGUACUGUGUAGGGAAGCACGACGCUGUCCCUCUGUGAAAGUAGCGCAGACAGCACGGGUCAGCCCGGAGCGGUCGCAGGAGGUCCAGACCCGCGGCCCCGCGGACGCCCGGGAAAUCACCGGUCCCAGAACAUCCCCCAGUCGCUUUUGGGAAAGAAAAAGACGCAGCCUGCGAGAUGCCUUCUUAGACCUUCCAGUUCAUUUAGCUCAUUCUGGCCCCAGAAAGCGCACCCCGGGGGACCCGGUGUCCCAAGGGACGGUAGGGUGCCUCUGGCCUGGACCCGGCGCCGAGAGGCGGGACAAGGCCACCCCGCGCCCAAACCCCACGGAAAGUUCGCGCUCCGCGCUCCAGCCGGUUCCUGGAUCCGCCGCAGCCCCGGGCGGGGAGGGGCGCGGGAGGCGCGGCCGGGGCGGGCGCGCGAGAGGAAGGUGCCUUCGGGAACACGCGCAAGGGCGGGGAUUCGCGCUGCCAAUGAGGCCCCGGUGUGGGCCGAACAAGGCGGGGGACGGGCCGGAGCGGACGCUUAGCUGUGGCAGCUGCUGGAGCGGCGGCCGCCUCGGGAGCUGGAGGAGAGGCAGCAGCGGAGCGCCGAGCUGGCCGCGCCCCGAGGCCCGGCCCUGGGUGUGGGGAACCGCGCCGAGGAGCUGGAAACUUUCCCGGCAGGAGCUGACUACUGGGCAGGAACGUCUCUCAGGAGAAAGAGUGGAAGAGAAAAUUGUGAACUAAGGCCCCCUGCCCCCUUUUCCUGUUGCAUGUGAAGUUAUCAAAAAUAG